AGAUCUCCAAUACUGAUCACAAACAAAACACUUAAAAAACGUCACCGGUCGCAUUACACAAAUGACGAUAAUUUAUUUGAACCUAACUAUAUUAUGAAGAAACGGACACACAUGUUUGUUUGCGUUUUGUACAUAAAAGAAAAACGUGUAUGUAACUUAAUUGACCUUAAUAUGCCCUUUCUUUUGUUUGAAUUCAUGCAUACAAAAGAAUUUUAAUUACGUCGUAUUCAACCAUCAGUAUAAAUCCUACUUGAAAACGUAAACAGAAUUAGUACGAUCUACAGUGCUAAAGCUUUGAGUUUUCAGUUUUUGAUUUAUGCUUUUGCAAAAAUGGCAAAAUUAAUUAGCAUUUUGAUGACUUUGCUAAUAUGUACAAUUCAGCAAUUUGGUCCAGUGAAAUGCAUAUCGUUCUUUCAUUUUUCUUAUGAUCCACCACCAGUCAAGGAUAUUGCACUGAUGGCCAGAUACAUUGUUCACGAAUCUGAUUGGGGAACUCUGUCUUAUGUUGGAAAUCAGUCAUUUAUGGCUGGUGUACCAAUGGGUCGAGUAUAUUCAGUUAGCGAUGGAACAGUAAGCAAUAGUACUGGCGUACCUUACAUAAUGUUGUCUCCGAUGGAUUUAACAUAUCAAGAUGUUAUGGUAACAAAAAAAUGUUCACUUACAUUAAGCUUGGCACAGUCAAAUUAUUGUAGCAGAAAGGCUUACGAUCCUGAAGAUCCUCGUUGUGCUCAAUUAACUCUAACCGGAACUUUUGUUAAGUUGGAAAAAAGUGAUCCUGAAUGGGCGUUGGCAAAAGAAGCGUUGUGGACAAGACAUCCAGUAAUGCAUAAAUGGCCAAUUUACGUACCAGGACACAGUUGGCAAUUUGCAAAAGUAAACAUUGAACAUAUUACAUUGUUGGAUUAUUUUGGUGGUCGUAAGUAUCCAAAUCUAUCGGACUAUUUCAAAGCUAAACCUUCUUUGCAAUUUAAAAUAAGGCCAAAAAUUAAAGCAAUAUCAUUGGGAAAGAAAAAUGUAAUUGUAGACUAUGAAUUUUAGGGAACUGUGUAUGUGAAUGAAUCCUUAGCUUCUAGUUUAAAAAAUGUAAAGUUAUGUAAUAUAAAUGUUAAGAUUAAGUUUCCUAGGUGCAGCCGGUCACAGGUACUCGGGUCAUCACAGGCUAUACAUAUUGAGACUCGAAUUUGCCAUGAUUCCUCUCUCUCCUCCCCAAAAAGUAAAGUUAGUAUCGACGUACAGAUUCGCUAAGUACAGUCUCGAGUCAUAGAAGCUGCAUGACAAUCAUUAUUCACACAUUAGAAACCAAACUGUACCGCUGUGAUCGAUCUCUGCACUUUAGAAUCUGUACCUUUAUUUAUUAACCAUAAGUUGUAAAUUAUUAUUAACGCCACCUUAGCCAAAUUAUGUGACAUUGACUGCUGUAAUGUUUUACCUGUGAUAAUAUUUUUUCUAAUUAUAGUAUUUGUAUAUUACUUACUGUUAUAUAUUUCCAAAUUCUUCUGAAAUUGUGAUCUUAAUAGACUCAUUCAAUUGAUGUAGUAUAAUUGUACCUAACUAUUGCUCAAUUUGCCCUUUUAAUUUUUUUUAUUCUGUUUGUUACAAAAGGUUAACUGUAACAGGGUUCAUAAAAUAAUAAGUACUAUUUCAAUGUGAUGGAUAGAAAUGUUGAAACAGGUGUUAAAAUUGGUUGACAGUUUUUCUAGUAUUUAAGUGUCUAACAUAUUAAGUUUUUAUGUACUUUCUACUGAAAUAACUAAUUUAUAUAAUUAUUAAUAAAAUGAUUGUUACAAU